UUGAUCGUUUCACUUCAGAAGGGUCCCGAUUACGGCGCAAUAGUAAUUCGAACGGCGGCUGGAAUAGUGAUUUUCAUAUCCCUAUCACUCAUUCUCCUGGUCGUCGGCAACAUGAUCUACACAGCACUAACGGACCGAAUUCAACUUCGCGAGAGAGUGAGUUUUACUAACUGA